AUGACUUCAUUGGAUCUUUCAGCCAUAAACAAUGGAAGACUUUAUUAUGAUAUUGAUGAUAUCAUGGCGAGCGAGGAACGGGUCGCUGUAGUAUUCAACUUUACAAUUCCGAAUAUUGGAAAAUAUGUGAAAACAGCAACAGCUCUUCAAAAAGAACAUUUGAAACAACAUCAACUUUUGAAUAGGACGAACAAUAAUAACAGCAAUAAUGAUGAUGGCAACAAUAAUGAGGAGCAAGUCGUAGAGUCCGACUCGGAACAAGACGAAGCCAACCACACAAUGACUACGACGGGAUCAUUAUUUGAAGAAAAAUACAUAAUUGAACGGUCGACCAAAGUGGAGGUUCCUUUUUGGUUAGCCUUUGUUUGUGGUAAUCAGGGAUAUGUGGAAGUAGAGGUUCCGAGAGUUUUUACUGAUUUGAAUUAUGUGACUUCGAAUUUUGAAAAGGCUUCUCUCUCAAAAGUGAAUCGAUACUUUUAUGAAUUUGGUUCUGCUUUGUUUAAAUUAAUGGCGGAUAUUGCUAUAAAUUUGAAAAGGGAUCAAGAAUUAGAAGCUCUCUAUAUUCAACGAAGGUCAACCCUUAUUGAAACACUUGUUCAUAGAUUUAAAUUGUUUUUGAGACAGGCUUACCGAGCAAGUAAUGAAAGCAGUUCCUCUAGUUUCCUCACAGAGCAGUACGCCGAAUUCAAGUCAAAGCUUUGCAAUAGUGAACUAAUCAUUCUUCAAAUGAUUCAGACAGAAGAGACAAACUUUGUGGAAUGGAAACAUAAAUCUUUGGGAACGUACAAACUCCAAUAUCAAAAGAAUUAUAUAACCUCCACAGAUAGAGAUCGUGACAGUGAUGAUGAUAACACUGAUACUGCUGUGUCUGAUAAGAGAAGAAGAAAUAGAUAG